AUGUCCUUAGAAUUAAUUGCUCGAAUCAAUGAAUUAGGACACAGUCCGAACUGUGUUUUGAAAGUUUUGGACAAUAUUCUGCCCCAUUGCAAUGCUCCUGAAGACGUCGCGGAACGAACAUGGCUUGGGGUGCAGCUCUCGAUCUGUGAGUUUGAUGCUGCUGGUAUAUCGUAUCCAAAGAGCUGCCGACAAUUCAGCAGUUUGAUGGAAUGUACGGGUUUGCUGGAGUCGAAAUCAACCUGGUGGACCACAUUCAGUGGGAACUAUCGAUACAUUUCCACCAUCUGCAGUGAGUAUAGGUCUGAGUAUGAGCUCGAAAAUAUCGUCAAGCUCUACCAAAAUGUCAGUUCGGCAAUGUAUGAUCAUCAUGAAGGUCACGACAAAACUCUGAGAGAAUUCAAGAGUAGAUUUGAGGAAGCAAUUGAGACGUCAAAUGUUUGGAAAGCCAAGCUGGAUUCUCUGGCUGGAGAGCUGGAGGCAUUGAGAUGCGGCUUGACGAACACUACAAACCUGGCAAAUGCCAUGCCCCAGUACUUGGUCCAUUUCAGCAAUGAACUGGAUUUGUUGCACAAAAAGUCCGCAGUCAUUCACUCCUCUUUGUACAAUGUUGAAACGGUUACUGACGACCUCACGAGGGUUUUGUCAAUCUUUUAUAGCCAGCUGAGUGAAAAUCGCUUGGCUCUGGCCUCUUACGACUCUGAAUUGACAAACAUCGAAGCCAUGAUGCUUGCUCUGGAAGAUCUCUUUGCGAGCCUUGAGGUCCGAAAUACAAUGCUUGUUUUCAAACUAGACUCAAUGGCUCAUCGACUAGACAUUUACGACAGCCGGCAAAACGAAAGCAUAAGCACUUUGGAGUCUGUGGUGAACUCUUCAACUUCCAGGCUGGAGCUUGCGACAACCCACCUGGAAACAUCCUUCUCCAAUCAUUUUCAACGAUCGUGCAGUUUGCUGUUUAUGGGCUAG